AAUUUCAUUGACGGACACAAACAGUCUGCUAGCGGUCAUCAUGCUUGAUUUGCCUAUCUAUCCUUAGUUUUUCAACAUUCAGUCACUUUUAUGUAUUUUAAAAUGUAUUAUCUGUUUAAGAUGAAAACUGGUGAUAUUAAACCACCAGGGAGCACGGCAUGAUGCGUUAAACAGGAUUGAAAGUUGCUUCCUAUGUCUACAUCUUUCCUAGCAGGUUUUGCUGAACAUUUCUGGUUGACUUGUGCUCGAUAUAAUGACAGAUUACGGCGUGCAGACGAGUUCAGGAGGCAAAAUAAACGGCACUGCAUCAUCUAAUAGUAUAGGCAAACGUUUGGGUAUAAUUGCCACUUGUGCAGUCGGCGGGUCAUUGGUUGCCCUCUAUGCUGUGGCAGGGCCAUUUGUUGCUCCUGCUUUGAGAAAAGUAUGUCUCCCUUAUGUUCCCGCAACGUCUCAACAAGUUGAAAAUGUGAUAAAAGUGCUCCAGCAAAGAUCAGGGACACUCGUGGACAUCGGGAGUGGAGAUGGAAGAAUAGUGAUAGCAGCUGCCAAGAGAGGCUUCAAAGCUGUAGGUUUCGAGCUCAAUCCUUGGCUGGUGUGGUAUUCACGCUACAGAGCUUGGAAAGAAGGGGUUCAUCAUUCUACCUCAUUCUACAUAUCAGACCUCUGGAAGGUUAGUUUUGCCCAGUAUUCCAAUGUGGUGAUAUUUGGAGUUCCGCAGAUGAUGGAGCAACUUGAAGAUAAACUCGGGAAGGAAUUGCAAAGCUCAGCAAAAGUGGUUGCCUGCCGUUUUCCUUUUCCUUCAUGGGUUCCUGAUGACACGGCUGGAGAAGGGAUAGAUACUGUUUGGGUGUAUGAUGCUAAAACAUUUCAGUCUAAUGCAGAUAAGCCAGGCAAUUAGACAAAUAAGCUGAACUGGCGUUUCCUUUUGUUUUGUUUUGGGGUAUAUUUUCCUGGUGGCAUGAGCUCUAUGCACUGUGCAAUUAGAAAUCAAUAAAUUUUUAAUUUAAAAAAAAAA